AUGGAUUCUAAUUCUUAUAACCCCACGUCUAAGUUUGUUGAUCUGCUUACUAGUCAACAACAAUCUGUGUUCGGUUUUGGUGAAGAUAGUGUUGAACUAUCUUCAUCUCACGUCCCUUAUUUUGGAACUCAAGUCCAAGAAGCUUCAAACUUUACUGAAGAGAGUCCUGCAGCGCGUAGAGAGAGGAGGACGUGGACGCCAAUCGAUGAUCUUGUACUCAUCAGCGCGUGGUUGAACACAAGUAAGGAUCAUGUCGUUGGCAAUGAGCAAAGGUGUGGCACUUUCUGGAAGCGGAUUGCGGCCUACUUUGCCGCAUCUCCUAAGGUAGCAGGCUCUAAACACAGAGAGCCUAGUAACUGUAAACAACGCUGGCAGAAGAUCAACGACACUAUCAACAAGUUUUGUGGCGCAUUUGAAGCUGCAAGUAGAGAGAAAAGUUCUGGUCAAAAUGAGACUGGUAUCCUCAAGCUUGCUCAUGAGAUUUUCUACAACAACCACCAAAAAAAAUUCAACCUUGAGCAUGCUUGGAAGGAGUUGCGUAAUGAUCAAAAAUGGUGUGAGCUCUCUACAUCAAAAACACAAGGAAGCGCUAAACGGAGGAAGUGUGAUGAUGGUGCAAAUUCAUCAACCUCUCGCGCAACAGAAACGACAAAUGGUGAAGAUGAUCAAGGAGACACUCGACCACCGGGUGUUAAGGCAGCAAAGGGCCAGCGUAAGAAGAAGGAUUUGGCAGAGGGGAAGAAGAAGGAUUUGGCAGAGGGGAAGGCGGUAUAUGAGUUUGAAACUAUGUGGAGCAUGAAGAAAGAGGACUUGGCAAUGAAAGAGAAGCUGUCAAAGAUGAAGUUGCUUGAGAGUCUAAUCGCAAAACCAGAACCUUUAGCGGACUAUGAAGAAGCUCUGAAGAAGAGGCUUGUCACUGACCUGUUAUCUUAA